AUGAAUCCAUUUCCAGCUAUGAUGUUAGCUAGUUCAACUACAUCUCAGCCAAAAAAGCAUGGUGGAGGAAAAGGUAGACAUUAUCUUACAGAGUAUAUUAUUACUACUGAUGAAUAUGUCAAUCCACAAAAGCCCAAUGAUAAAUAUUGCUAUUGCUUGGCCUGUCACGAAAUAAAUUCAGAAAAAGUUAAAAUCGUUAAUAGAAAAAAAUUAGUAAAAAAUCACCUUAAAAAGUGCAUAUAUUUUAUGCGUAAAGUUGGUGGAAAAGAACAAGUCGAUAAUAUUUUGAAUAAAGAAGAAUCUGAAGAAUCUUCAACAAAGAAGUUACGAUUGGAUUAUGAAGACGAAUCUUCUGAUGAAAAUAAGAGUUUAACUACCUCAAAAGUUGAAAGUAAAAAAAUAGACCAUUUUCUUGCUCAAGAUAAAAGUGUCAUCGAGCAUUAUCGUUGGUUGAAUCCUCACUUAGUGUUACCUAGCAGAAAACAGUUAGCUGGACGUAUUUUAAAGUCUGCAACUGAAACAAACAAAUCUUAUAUACAAGAUAAAGCACAAACGAUAUCAAGUAAUAAAUCUUCAGCUCUUUACUUGCCUGACAAUAUAUGCAAAAUUAUUAAUAACGAGCUAUGGUGGUCACAACUUCAAGAACUUUCUCAGCUUCUUCUUCCAUAUUGUGCAUGUCUUAACAAGCUACAAUGUGAUAAAGCACGAUUAUAUGAAGUUGUUCAUUGUGUUUCCUAUCUUAUAAAAUUAUAUAAAGGUUAUUCAAACCAAAAUUUUGCUACUAAUAUGAUUAAGCGUUUAGAGCACAGAUGGAAUUCCUGGGAACAGCCAUUAUUACUCCUUUCAUUUUUACUCCAUCCUAAAUACGGCAUAUCAGUAUUUAGCUCUAUAAAUGAACAGCUUUAUUUUCAACUUAGUGAUUGGCUAAUAUACUAUUAUUGUGCCUGGUUUGAUAAUGAACCUCAUACUCUUUUACCUGAACUUGAAAAAUAUCGAAAAGGAGAAAAGCCAUUUACUGAACGUGUUACCAACCAGUUUAAUAAUAAUAUUAUGGGUUACUGGGAAUAUUGUACUACUUCAGCAAAAGAAUUAGGUAAAGUAGCAUGCCAUAUCUUCGGAAUUUGUGUUAACUCUGCCUCCGUUGAAAGGCUUUUCUCAUGCAUGGGUUGGUUGCAUAAUAAGUCACGAUCUCGCUUAAAGCCUCAAAAAGUGCUUCAUAUGAGUCAGCUUCGUGCUACUAUGAACCGACAUAACCGUUUGAAAGAAAUUGAAUUAUCAAUAAAGCAGUACAAGCAAAAUAAUGUUGCCUUACCAAUACUCAAAGAAAAUGAAAGCGAUGAUGUGUUUAUAGUGGAUAAUGAUUCGGAUGAUGAAGCAGAAGAAGUUAAUGAAGAAAAUGAAGUUAUUAGUAUUGAUAAUUGGAAUAAAAUAAUACAACAGUGGGUUAAUAUGAUCUCUGAAGAAGAAGAGGAUGAAAUUGAUCUUACCGUAGGUGAAGAUAAUGUAGAUCGAAUUAUUUGUGAUACAGAUCAUCCGGCUAUCAACAAUGAUGCAAAGUGGAAGCUAGAAACUUUGUUCAAAGAUAAUAUUCCUGAUCCAGAAUUUAUUUAUAACUUAUAA